AUUUUUUAUUUGCAAUUGUAUGGCUUGCUUGAUUUAUUUGGUGUGGACAUGUGGGGCGCGAAUGACCAUUGCUUUGCAUAAAUGGAUUAGUUUGGAUUUUUACCUAUCGGUCUUUAUUUGUGAAAAUAGUUCGUUUCUACCUGAAUACUUACCGCAAAUAUUGUCUGGAAGCAAAAGAAGAAAUUAAUAGUUUUUUAGCUCAUAUCUGAGGACAAAAUUGAUGAUUUAAGUGAUGAGAAGCGCUAAUAAAUAAUGCAAAUAAUUAAGGUAUACUGACAUUAAUAACAAAAACCACACUAAAAUUCAAGACAGCGCUCAUGAAACUUUCAUAAUGAUUUUUUAUUUGAGACGAAUUCAAUACACUUUCAUGGCUAUUUUGGCCUUAUAUGGAGGUUCUUCAACACUGCCACCAGUCAUACGUAUCGGUGCUAUAUCUUCCGGCAAGCACAAUGGCCCAACCGACCUGGCAUUCAAGUACGCGAUUAAUAGCAUUAAUCAGGAUAAAAGUUUGCUGCCGGAGACGAAACUUACGUUUGAUUUGCAGCAUGUGGCCAAAGAUGACUCAUUUCAUGCCUGUCAAAAAGAACUACCGCAAUGAUGUGAAGUAGAUGUUUAUCGAAAGCAUGCUGUGAAAUAUACAAACACAUACCUAAAUGUUAUGCACUAAUUUGCUUUAUAAGAACAAGCUUGAAAUUGACUUAUUAUUUGAGCAUUUAUAUAUGUAAAACAUUCUAAUUAUAAAAUUGUGAAGCAGCCUUAUUCGAAUUGUAAUACGCAUUUAAUUUCGUCUUCCUAUUCAAAUGGAUCACUCUUUGUAAAUUUCAACUGGAGAUCAUUCAAUAUUAUCAAAAUCACGCU